AUGGUGUUCGAAGGCCUUUUUGGAAAAAAGAAAAAGGUCUUUGGUUUACCCCUCGACCAAGCCAUCAAGGCUUCACCCAUUUUCAACGGACUUCCAUUCCCUCUCACGAAAUGUGUCGAUGCCGUUGAACGUUUUGCUCUCCACGAAGAGGGUAUCUAUCGAAGAGCUGGAGCCAAGAACGCUAUUGAGGCUCUCGUUAAAUUGUUUGACUCGGGCAAAGAUCCAGAAUUACAAAAUGAAGAUCCCUACACGAUUUGUUGUGUCGUGAAGGAGUACUUGAAAAAGCUUCCUGAUCCUCUCACGACCUAUGAGUUAUAUAAUUCAUUCAUGGAAUUGGGAAGAACGAGAAAGAAUAAGACUCGUGAAGAGUCGGCCGAGAUUAUGAGAGCCUUGAUUGAAAAGCUUCCCGACAACUCUCGUUAUGUUCUUUAUUUUGUGGUUAAGCAUUUGCAUGCUGUGGCUCAACAUCAUGACGAAAACAAGAUGAGUAUUACCAACUUGUCCAUUGUGUUUGGUCCUACUCUAUUCAGAUCCACCAAUACAAGUCCUACUGUGAUGCUGGGAGAUGUCUCUCACCAAGGUUACUGUGUGGAUUUAUUGAUUCGAGAAGCCGACACAAUCUUUAACUCAAUUAUUGUGAAUAAUAAGCAAGUGGCUGUGCUGGAUGAUCCAUUGAGUGUGUCACCAGCUUCCAAUGCUGUCUCUCCUACUUUUGAGCAAUCAAAACGUGAGGAGGAUAAUGCCAUGAACGGUGGAGCUGCAACUACAGCCAAUGCCUCAAAUAGACAUUCCAAGAGAUUUUUCUCAAUUGGUGGUCAUCAAGCUCAAGACAAGAGAAAAGGACUCUCCUUGAUAGAAUUAAAGCUCUCUGAUCAAGAGUCACCAGUACAAGCUGGAAGAGGAUUAUUCAGACCAGAAAGCACUCGAAUUAUAUUUACUGAGGACAAAUCCAAGCAAGUGACAUACACAACCGAUGACAUCACUCAAAUUGUGAAGAGUAUUAUCGGAGAAAAUUUGGAAGAGUCCGCCCAUCGAUCGUUUAAGAGAUCGCUCAGUGAUGGUAGUUCCAUGUUGAGAGCUCCAAAGAAAUCGGCAUGGAAGAGCGAGACACCUGAAGAUAUUCAAUCAUUGAGUCCCACUUCUGGUCGAAAUAGAAGAUCAUCUGCUGUCGAGGAAUACACAAAGGAUUUGGAUCAUGCAUCCGAUAUUACAACUGGCUCUAAGCUUGCAGACUUGACCAACGAUCCAAACAAUAGCGCUCUCCAAAAACAAGAAAACGCCUGCUUGAAAAAUAAUCUAACAGAAGAAACUAAAAAGCAACUGGAAAGCGUUCCUGUAGAUAUUGUGAACAAACCACUUGAAAGUUUGAAUAAGAGAAUUGAGAUAAGACGAAAUGCCUCACGUGACAUUUACAAUGGCAUAGAUUUGACGAAAAUUGAUGAGAAAUGGAACUCACAACAGCUCUAUCUUGAAAAAUCAAUCAUACGAGAGGAAAUCAAGCACUUUGAAGAGUGUUACUUUAAGACUAACCCUUCGGCAAGCAAACUACCAAAAGAGGUCAAGGAACUGAUCAGGCCGCUGUUUGAAAGAUAUAAUCAAGCAAAAGACAUUUACGAAAUUUUUGUUUCGAAUCGACACGCCUAUUCGUCACAAAUGAGCACCGAAUCUCCGCUGCAUCAAGUUGUCAUUUAUCGAUCGAACAAUAACUUAUCCAUGAAUACCAACCAAAAUCGACAGAGCAAUCCUUACUUGGGAGGAAGGAGGUCAAUUUCUUUUUCGAUACGAGGAACAUCCACUCAAAUCAAAUCACCAGAAUUCAAACAAUUAUUGCUUAAAAACAAGCAUUAUUGCGAGUUGAAAAAGAAAAAGAAGGAGCUUCAAACAAAACUAUUAGAAUAUGAAAAGAAAUUUGAAAAAGACCACAACAGAAAGAUGAAGUAUUUAAGUGAUUGGGCAGACAUGCAGAGUGAUUAUGAGGAAUACAUGUCAAUCAAGCAAAAGAUGGACAAUAUUGUUUCAACUAUUACUUCCUCGAACAGCAAGAUAUCCUCUCCGCACGCAGGUGAUGAGUAG